AUGACUUCUACUCAAAAUGCCGUUACUUUUGCCCUAAAUGGGACAAUGGUUAGCAAUUCCUGCGAAUCUUUUGUACUUUCUAAGAAAUACAUUCGUAUUAUGACCGAGGCCGCUAUUUUAAAUAUAAUAUGCCAGCGGAUGAACGUAGACGAGUCGGUGCUUGAGUGUAGAAAAUACGAAGGGGUGCCGUAUUUUGUUGUUAAUAAUAAAUCAAGAUGGCAGAAGGAUCCCAGAAUUUCUCAAUUCCUAUCCUGGUUGAAAGGAAUUAAAAAUGCCAUUAAUAAAAAUUAUCUGAAAGUAAUUUACCUGUUUCUGCUAAAUCCUGAAAAACAUAUUCUCGAAAGCUACACUCUGAAAUUCAAAUACAACACGGAUCUGAAUAACCACAAUGGCGAGAAAAGAACGCCUGAUUAUGUUAAAGAGUGCACUAAGACUCUACUGGCAGCCAUAUAUUUGUUAUCCGAACAACGGAAAGUCAAUGAAGAUUCAACCAUUUCCAUCGAACUUCAAUACAAUAAUGGAACCCCGGCGGACUAUGAGCCACACAAUUUUGGCGCAAGUUCAAAUGCAUACUGUCGGAGAAUCCCUCAAAAUACCCAUUUAUUGGGUAUAUUAAGCACAGGAUAUCAUAACUUAAAAGCUUUCAGCUCACAGCGUCCUAAAACACCCGCAUUAAGUGCCAGCUUCGUUGAUAUUGAAGAAUCUUUCUCCCAACGCAAGAGAAAAAUUACCGACAACGAUAAUGACGAAAUGGAAAAAAUCCGGAUACUCGACACCGCUUACAUUGUCAAUACAAGCCGUAUUACCAUAUCUGAUGAAGAAUCGUCGGAUUCGUUUUUCCGUAAAAAUGAGGAAUACAAUGAAGAAAAUGUGAAUUGUAUUUGUGGCAUUACGUUUUCCAAGAUUGAUCUAUUUAAAUGCGCCGAGUGCCUGCAAUUUUCUCAUAUACCUUGUUACGGUUUGCUCUACAGAAAGAAGUCUGCAAACAUUUUAUGCGUAGACUGCGAACUGGCAAAUGGGACAAUUGCAGAAGAAAAUUUAAUGGACAAUAAAAUAACAGCUUACGUUAGAUUAGUGCUCUACUUCUACAAGAAAACUGGUAGAGUACCUAAAGAACUAGACGGCAUGACAGAUGAGGAUAAGUAUGCUACAUUUCAAAAAUUGAAAGGUUGCAAAAUCAUUCAAAAAAUUUCUAAAAAGGAGAUGCGUAAAUGCAAAUUUGAAGAAGUUAAAUUUAAUGAAGACGAAGCAAACGCAACUCUGUCGCUAUUAUUUUCGGACAAUGAUCCGGAUUCGGCUACACUCUAA